GUUACGGCGUGUCGUAAAGCAGUUAAUCUGCCUUCUCUGAGAGUCGAGUCUUGCGUUGGGGCAACUUCCAACGGUCAACGGUUUUCCUAGCAUCGCGGAGAGGUUUUUCUUGUAGAAUUUCCGUAUUCCUUCUUUGUGCUCUCCAAGGAGAGGUUUAAGGGGGCAUCAUUGCCAUGCCCUUCUCAACCCAGCCUGAAACAGGUGAAGAGCAGAAUGUUUUGGUAGCAACUCUUGAUAAUGUCAGAAACCUCUCCAAUAUUUUGAAAGCCGUUCAUUUCAAAGACCACGCUACCUGCUUCAUUACAGCAAAUGGACUCAAAGUCACAGUGGAAAAUGCAAAGUCUUUGCAAGCCAAUGCUUUUAUUCAGGCAGGAAUUUUCCAAGACUUUGUAGUGCAGGAAGAAUCUGUGAUGUUCAGAAUCAAUCUGUCUGUCCUUUUAGACUGCUUGACCAUCUUUGGAACAAGUUCUUUGCCAGGAACUCAAACAGCCCUUCGGAUGUGUUACCAGGGAUAUGGCUACCCUCUAACUCUCUUCCUGGAGGAAGGAGGUGUGGUGACUGUCUGUAAAAUCAACACUCAGGAACCUGAAGAGAUUCUUGAUUUUGACUUUUGCAGUACUAAUGUUGUAAAUAAAAUUAUCCUGCAGUCAGAAGGACUGAGAGAAGCAUUUUCAGAACUCGAUAUGACCUGUGAGGUGCUGCAGAUUACAAUGUCUCCAGACAAGCCUUAUUUCAGAUUAUCCACUUUUGGGAAUGCUGGAACCACUCACCUGGAUUACCGAAAAGAUUCUGACCUUAUUGAAGCUUUUCAUUGUAAUCACACUCAGACAAACAGGUACAAGAUAUCAUUACUCAAGCCAUCAAUUAAAGCAUUAGCUCUGUCUUGCAAGGUAUCCGUUCGGACAGAUAACCGAGGCUUCCUUUCAUUGCAAUAUAUGAUAAGGAAUGAAGAUGGAGAGAUAUGCUUUGUGGAGUAUUACUGUUGCCCUGAUGAGGACAUUACUGAAGCAGAACUGUAGCUAUAAUGAAAAUGUUAUUGAACGAACGCCUGAGAAAACAGUUUAAUUCAAGACGAUUGGGUAAGAAACAAAACAAGAAAAACCCAAUGGAAAUGGAGGUCAGAGUGUCCCUGAGCCGUGUAGGCUGGGGUAAGGAAAAAUGCGGAUGGAGAUCAAACGCUUUUAGGUAGCUGCUCUCUGCAUAUCUUUCCUGGUCUCCUAUACUAGUCCUGCGUUGCCUAAAGAUCUGGGAUGGAGCAAAUUAGUACUGCCUUUUUAUCCUGUUUUAGACGCUUGGUUGAUUUCUGUUCAGCAGGAAGCCUGCAGGAAAAAAGCAAAGAAAAUUGUUGUAGUUAAUGGGCAUGUAUCAUUAAAUAAUAGUUAAUCAGAUUAUACUGUUCUAUUUCAUUUGCUCUUUAAAAAGUAGAAUUAAGCAACAACAGUAGUUUAGAUACAGUACAAAACAAUUAUAUUACAAGUAGUCCUCACUUAACGACCAUUCAUUUAGCAAUCGAAGUUUCAACAGUGCUGAACAAAUGGUACUUAUGGCCAGUCCUCAACAUUAUAGCCAUUGGAGCACCCCCAUGGUCACGUGAUCAAAAUUCAGGUGCUUAGCAGCCAUCUGCAUUUAUGACUACAACACACACUUCAACUCCCCCCACCAGCCUAUCACACCCCCAUCUCUGCCCUUUGGGCAGCUCUGCAUUCUCCUGCCCCUGCCACCCUGUGCCCCUGCUGCCUGCAGCUGACCUUUGCUGUCUUCUUCCUCCUGCUGAUGAGGCAUGCUUGGCUUGGCCCUUCACAAGGCAGCUGCUAGCUGCGCACAGCAUUCCCAAAACCUUUCCAAAGCCUCGCGCAACCUUCCCAAAAGCCUCAGGAAGGCUGUGUGUGGCCAGCUCCUGCCUUGCAGAGGGCCAGGCUGAGAUUGCCUUGUCAGCAGCAGGAGGAAAAAGACGGCAAAGAUCA